GUGUAUAUAAUUUGAGGUCUCAAAACAUAUUAUUUACUGUUGAUUCUUGUUGGAUUGAGGCAGCAAUUAUGAGAUUAUUAAAAGCAUUAACACUAUGCCUCUUAAUUGGACUGGCUGUAGCUGCUCCCAGGCAUCAUCACAACAGGGAAAGAAAAGAAAGUAAAGAGAGCAAAGAAAGUAAAGAGAGCAAAGAAAGUAAAGAGAGUAAAGAAAGCAGUGAAAGUGAUCAAAUUACUAUCACAAGAGACUUUUUCCCUGAUGAAUUUGUGGUGUACACAGCCAAACAUGAUAUCGUAAACAUUCUAGUUCCCAUCAAUUCAUUUAAUUUCGAAGAUGAUGACGAAGAUAAUGAUACGAACGACGACGAUGGAGUGACAGUAUUCUUUGUCGAAGCCGACAUAGAUAAAGAUGGGAACAGAAUCGACAAAGGUCUAUACGUUCUUAAAGAUGGUAAAGUGAAGAAACUUCUAGACAAUGGCAGAGACGCAGCGGCGUCUAGCGAUGAUAGUAAAGACGUUUUCUUUGCUGCUAAAGACGGUAUCUACGUCUACAAUAAAAAUGAUAGUACCGCAAUCAAAUACGGAUCAGUAACGGACAGUAUAAUCGGCAUUGCUAAAGAAAAUGCAUCCGAUUUAAUCUACAUAUUAACGGAAAAUCAUGAUUUGUAUAAAGUGACCGAAUUAGGUGACAAAAAAGAGAAAAUCAACGAAGUUGUAGGCGCACGUGAAAUAGUUUUGGAUAAUUCUAACAAUUUGUAUUACUACGGUGAAGAUAUGAAACCGUUUGUAUUAAACAGUGAAGGUGUUAAGGAAAUAAAAGGUCUUCCUGAACAUCCUAAAUCAGUUCGUCUGCUAAAGCCACCAUUCAUUCUUGAGGAUUCCGUACCAUUUGUGAUCGAUAAUGAUCUUUAUUUCAUAUACGCGAAUGGAACUAGUGAAAAAAGCGAUUUCGAUUUCAAAUCCAAUGCAAAGCCGACAGCAUACAGUAUGGAAGCAGCUCUCAUCCAAUACUACGGUUAUAAUAAAAAGAUUUACGAAUAUAACAUCUUAGCUUUGAUUUUUUCAGAGGUUAUUGAUGAAUUGAAAGAAUUUUUGGAAACUAAAUCCGAUGCUAUUCGUUCCAUGUCAACUCAGUCACGAAGCCGUUUGCGUCCAAUUAAUUCUAAAGCCAAGUAAGCAAAAAAAAGCAAAGUUUUUUCUCUAAUC